AACGGCCCGGCAACGCGGGGGGGCCUAUCGAUGUUACACAGAAUCUCCCCUGCCGGGAAAAGACGGGCGCGGGGGAAAGACGGUCCGGCCGCGUCAAGUUGCAUGGGAGUGCCAGGGGGGUGCGCAUCCUCUGGCCUUACGCACAUGUGUUCGCAGAAAGGGAACCCAUGCUCGAGGUUGCAUGUCGCUGUUCUGUUCCAAAAGAAGAACGUUAAUCAUCAGAGACGUACGAAAAAUGAAAAGCGUUGUGAUCUUGUGCGUGCGACGGAACUCUUCAGAUCAAAGCCACACACAAGGCUAUCCUCUGGAGGAAUGGUUUGAUUUCCCUUUUUUUGAAGCGAUCCUCGUCUCACUUUUUAUUUACUCCGAUCGUCAGGUAUCGGGGGACUGGCACAGCAAGAAGCCUGUGGACCUCUUCACGGUGACCGUCGGUCGUCGCGCCAGCAGCGCCACGCACUACAUCCCGGAGACGCAGCACAGCAUGCUGGACCUGAUGGAGCGCAUUUUGAAGGACCCGAACGACGAGAAGCUCGCCUCGAAAUUCAACAAGAUCCGAAGUGUGCCGAACAUGCAGCAGCAGCUGCGCGGGUAGGAGCAGGUUAUGGGGAUGAAAAAUAGCCAGUCUGUGUAAACAAACUUUUUCCCACGGUUCAUCGCGAAGGAUGGGGAACUGCAUACGCAAGAAUUUUGAAGGUUUUGCAAAUACUGUCCUUGCCUGGCACUCAAAUGUGCCCGCGCACUGUAGGCAUGAGUUGCUUCAUUGAUUCAUUUUUUUCUUCACACCCAUUAAAUGACAGGAAUGUUCUAGUCGUAAAUAAAAACCAGCAAAAAUGGAAAAAUAAACCAGCAAGGAUGAAUGAACGAGACCAAGUGAGUAUUUUUGCGAAGCGAGUUUCACAAAAAAAUCUUUUGAAAGUUACUAGCUGCAUCACUGUGGUUCCGGAUUUGAAAAU